UAUUGUAGAAAUACCUUCAAAAAUCGCAUCUGUACUCACCUUUAAAACCCAACCUAACUUCUGACCUAACUUUGCUGACACUGGCGCCAUCAUUCUUUAACGGCACAGGAGAGAACAUAAGCAAUUCUUUUUUUCUCUUUUACCGUCCAGUGAGACAAGAUGGCUCGUGGACCAAAGAAACAUUUGAAGCGUCUAAAUGCCCCAAAAGCAUGGAUGUUAGAUAAGUUGGGUGGUGUUUAUGCUCCACGACCAUCAACUGGACCCCACAAAUUACGAGAAUCUUUACCUUUGGUAAUUUUUCUUCGUAACAGGCUAAAGUACGCCUUAACAAAUUGCGAAGUAAAAAAGAUCUGUAUUCAAAGACUUAUUAAAGUCGACGGCAAAGUUCGCACCGAUGCUAAUUACCCAACUGGUUUUAUGGAUGUUGUGACUAUUGAAAAGACCGGUGAAUUUUUCCGAUUGAUAUAUGACGUGAAAGGGCGAUUCACAAUUCAUCGCAUUACGGCUGAAGAAGCUAAAUAUAAAUUGUGCAAAGUGAAACGUGUUCAGACUGGGCCUAAGGGAAUUCCUUUCUUGGUGACACACGAUGGUAGAACUAUCCGUUACCCUGAUCCUUUGAUUAAAGUCAAUGACACCGUUCAACUGGAUAUUGCUACUUCCAAGAUUCUUGAUUCUAUCAGAUUUGACUCUGGUAAUUUAUGUAUGAUUACUGGAGGAAGGAAUUUGGGUCGUGUUGGAACAGUUGUUAGCCGAGAACGUCAUCCUGGUUCAUUUGAUAUUUGCCACAUUAAAGAUUCACAGGGUCACACAUUUGCCACAAGGUUGAAUAAUGUGUUUAUCAUUGGUAAAGGGUCGAAACCGUAUGUGAGUCUUCCAAGAGGAAAGGGAGUGAAGCUCACGAUUGCCGAAGAAAGAGACAAGAGGUUGGCGUCUAAGCGAGAGUAAUAAAUGUGCAAAGAUGUCACUGGCCCUCUGUGCUCUUUUAAAAUACAAACAAGUCUUUGAACGUCCGGUUUUAUAUCCCAAAUUCUUAUCUGCAACGUAUUAUUUAAAAAUACUAAGCCUCUUGACAGAAUAUAUUUGACCAGUAAGAAUGCUAAUAUGUAAAAUAAUAUCUUAGAAUAAAAAUGAAACUUGCUUGUCCAUCACA